UAUGUGUAUAGCUUCGACUGAACUACUUUAUGAUAUGAAAUAUCUUCCGGUAAUCUUUUCAAUCGCUCUGCUCCUGGCGGAUGUCGGAAUUGCAAGCUCUUAUUGGUGGAAUUCUUCAGCCUCGUACUUGCAUGGCAGGCCACCAGUGAAAACAGUGAACAAGAAUGGCUUUCGAAUGACCGAGGGUGAUCAUGCGGUCCCCUGGCUGCUCAGGAUAAUGGAUGGUAGAGACUUCGCCUGCGGAGCCUCAUACUUAAGUGCUCUUUAUGCCCUCACCUCAGCCAACUGCAUGCAUUAUCAUAGGUCGCAGUUGGAAUGGCUCAGUGUGGAGUUGGUAACGUCGGGCAACUGGCAGGAGACCCAGGAUAGUUUGAACGAUCUUCCAAGCGCCAAAAUUCGCAAAAUAAUUGUAUCAAAGGAUUGGCACUGGCCCGGAACUUUUAUGGAUGUGGCCGUCAUUGAACUCAGCAACCGCCUGCGUGGCAGUCGGAAUGAUUUUGUGACUCUCUGUACCAAUCCGCUUAGCACCUACAAAAGCCUUUCAGUUGUCUCCUACGGUGCACGACCCAUGGAUAACGUACGAACAGAGGAGAUCGAGGUGCUCAACCGGAUGAUCUGCGAUUCGGCAUAUGGCAAUUUUCUCCUGCGCGAAUCUGUCGCAUGUGCCAAGGAAUUCAAGAGGAGCUCCGACUGCAUGUUUAGCCCCGGAUGUCCGGUGACUUCUGGCGAUCAGCUCUGUGGUAUCGUGGCCUGGGGUCCUGCCUGCAAGAGACCCGGUUUUCCCGGGAUCUUCACCGAUAUCCACCAUGUCAGACGAUUCAUUCUCAAGGCGACCGGUGAAAAGCACAGGGGCAGCAGCCAUUCAAAGGCGAAAUGGGCAUCGAAUGACGUACCCGAAUGGCACUCGGGCUUCUGGCUGAGUCGAUAAUUAUACUUGUAAUAAUUAUGCAAUAAAUGAAUUUACAUGCAGUUUA